AUGGUGUCUGUCACAGAAAGCUUUGCCAGUAUCAUUCAUGGCCUAAGUGUACAGCAUCUGACAGACCGAGUCCUUCAGAGAAGCAAGAGGAUGAUCCUGGAUACUCUGGGUGUUGGCCUAUUGGGAACCAAGACAGAAGUUUUCCACAAAACUACACAAUACAGUAAAAUCUACAAUGCUAAUGUAUCCAGCUGUGUCUGGGGACAUCCAGACCUCAGGCUCCCACCUACAUAUGCCGCUUUCGUGAAUGGAGUAGCUAUUCACUCAAUGGAUUUUGAUGAUACAUGGUACCCUGCCACCCAUCCUUCAGCACCAGUACUUCCUGUUCUCUUGGCUUUAUCAGAAGUUCUACCUCAAAAUCCCAAGGUCUCUGGACUUGACCUGUUGCUGGCUUUCAAUGUUGGGAUUGAAGUACAAGGCCGAUUAAUGCACUUCUCCAAGGAAGCCAGUGACAUACCAAAGAGAUUCCACCCACCAAAAGUUGUGGGAACUUUGGGCAGUGCCGCUGCUGCAGCCAAGUUUUUAGGGCUUGACCAGACAAAAUGCAGAGAGGCCAUGGCAAUUGCCGUUUCUUAUGCAGGGGCACCCAUGGCAAAUGCUGCCACACAGACCAAACCUCUCCAUGCUGGCAAUGCAGCCAGACAUGGGUUAGAAGCUGCUCUCUUGGCUUUGCUGGGCCUUCAAGGGAACCAGGAGAUCUUGGACUCAGAGGCAGGAUUUGGGGCCUUCUAUUCCAAUUACACCCCACAAGUCCUACCAGCUUUGGAAUCUUAUACUUUGCUGUUAGACCAACAAGACAUUGCCACCAAGCGCUUCCCUGCCCAUUUAGGAACACACUGGGUGGCAGAUGCAGCUGCUGCUGUGAGGAAGCACUUGCUCCCCACUGACAGAAUCAAAAGAAUUGUGCUCAGAGUCCCUGAUGUCAAAUACGUGAAUAGACCUUUCCCAGCUUCUGAGCAUGAAGCUCGGCAUUCAUUCCAAUUCAUUGCCUGUACUAUGCUGCUUGAUGGGGGCAUCUCAGUACAGUCAUUCCACAAGAGCCAGGUUGGCAGACCACAAAUAAGGGAGCUGCUUGAUAAAGUAGAGUUGGAGCAUUCACCUGACAAUCACCCUAACUUUGAUACACUCUACUGUGAAGUGAGUAUCAUUCUUGAGAAUGGAAAAACCUUCACAGAACGCUGUGAUACUUUCUAUGGUCACUGGAGGAAACCACUGAACCAAAAAGACUUAGAAGAAAAAUUUAGGGCCAAUUCUUCUACUGUGCUCCCCUCUGAUGCAGUAGAAGGCCUUAUAAAGGCAGUGAACAGAUUAGAAGACAUAGAAGAUUGUUCUUUGUUAAACACACUCUUAAAGAGGCCUUAUCUACCAAAGAAAACUUCAAAAUGUACUCAGCAUAUGCUUUCCAGUCAUAUCUUCUCUUGAUACUUCCAAGUGAUUGAAGGGUUUGGGCACUUUAAAGAGUCAGAGGAUGAUAGAUUUAGAAAUGGAAGCACCCUUGGAGGCCAUUCAGUACACUCCCCUAAUUUUACAGUUGAGGAAACUGAGGCACAAUGAGGUUAUUUGUCCACAGCCGCAUAACUACUGUCUGAGAAAAGAAGUGAUCUCAGGUCUUCUUGACUGUCCACUCUACCUUCCAGCUGCCAUGAUUUAGUAAUUGCUUUCAAAAGGCAAGCACCUGAAACUUGGAUUCCCUAUCAAUCAACAGAUUAAAUAAACAAUGUUAAGUCAGACAAGACAAACCCAAUUCAGACACAAAUCUCACUAGGCAUAUAUGGAAACCACAAGUUUAUCUUGGUAGAAAAGUAAUAGACAUAUUUCUUGAACAAUAUGAAGCAUUUUCAAGAUAAUGUACAAAUUGUUCAAGAUAGCAGGAGAAAGUUCCAAGACACUCAAACAAUGACAGGAUUAUAUACCUGAAGCUAGAAGAGACUUCAGAUCCAUUGUAGUCCUAACGUUUCAUUUUGCAACAACGGAAACCGGGGUCCAGAGAGUAUGAGUGUCAGAGGCAAGACUAAAUGAAACUUAGUCAAGGAAUGCCUUGCCAGCCAACUUUCAAAUAGAGGGACUUCCAAAAGCUCCAUAUCCAAGGAGAAAUAUCCACACAAUAAACAGUUCCUUAACUCUAGAGAAGAGGUGUACAGCUUCCUAGUAAGAGAUUUCUUAAUUAGUCCCAAGCUCACCCUCCCCAAAAUUCCAUGAUGGCAUAAAUCCUAGCGGGUGGGGGGGGUGGGGAGGGGAAGAAGAGUCAACUUUGUUAUUUAAAUUAUGCCAAAGUACACUUACCUGGCAAGAGAUCCUGGUAGCCAGAUACGGAGAUGCACAUGCUUAGGACUAAUGAGCCAAGUAACAAGCUAUGUUAGAAUUUGUGGAAACCAACAGAUGAGGGAAUAAUCGGAAGCUGUCAAUUCUUAGAGAACUUGGGCAAAAAUUAGUUAAUUUUUUUGUGCUCUUUUACCUAUAAAAGGACACCUAAUUAUUGUAAUCAUACUUUUAGUCCUAUUUUGUUGAAAUAUAUAUUUAUAUAGAUAAAUAUAGAUGUACUUGAUAAAGUAUGGAUAUUUUGUAUCCAUACUCUGAGUAUGUUCUUUCAUCAUUAUUUACACUAUGUUUAUUUAUACUUGGUUUACCUUGGUAAAUUGGUUUACAUUGCUCCUCAAGAGCAGGGACUUUGUAUUGUUUCAGUUGAUAUCUCUUUUCUCCUCCUCCUCUGUUGGCCCUCAAUAUUCCUACUCCUAGCCCUCAGAUUUAACCUAUGAAGCAUUUAGUAGGCAUUGUACUCCUUAAUUAAUAAAUUUUAUUAAACUGUCA